AUGGUGGCGUCGUGGAUCGCCCUAAUAAGCUGUUUAUUAACUUACGUAAAUGCAUACCCAAAUCUGUUGUUCUCCACAUCUAAAGAUAUUCGAGUUGCAAAUGUUUCAAAACCUAACAAAGUGGUAACAAUUGUCAAGGACUUAGAGGAAGGAGCAGCUGUUGAUUUCUACCAUGAGGGUAGCUUGGUGUGUUGGACAGAUCACGGGCUUGAGAUGAUCCAGUGUAUUUCUUACAAUGGUACAGUCACAGGCACAAAGGUUGGAGUGGUUACAACAGGUUUGAUUUCACCAGCUGGACUUGCAUGUGAUUGGUUAACACAGAAAUUAUAUUGGACUGAUGGCGAGACCAACCGCAUUGAAGUUGCCACCAUCACUGGGGAACAUCGGAAAGUUCUGUUUUGGGAAGACAUAGACCAGCCUCGCGCCAUUGCCCUUGUUCCCAUGCAGAGCAUAAUGUUCUGGACAGAUUGGGGCGAAGUUCCAAAAAUUGAACGUGCUGGCAUGAACGGCGAUCCUACAACUCGCAAAGUCAUUGUUCAUGAGAACAUAUUCUGGCCAAAUGGAUUGACUGUGGAUUUUGAUGCCCAGUUGGUGUACUGGUUGGAUGGAAGACUCAAGUUUAUAGAGGUUAUGGACUACGAGGGCCGGAACAGGAGGACUGUUAUUAAAGAGGGAGUGAACUAUCCAUUUGCUCUAACUAUGUUCCAGAACAAACUUUAUUGGACAGAUUGGAAAACAUGGUCAAUUCAUGUUUAUGACAAAUCAUCCAUUUCACCACCCAAGGAGAUUAUCCAUGGUGAUUAUGUUCCCAUGGAUAUUCAUGUGUGGGAUGCACAGAGACAACCACCCGGAGACACUCCUUGUCAUAAUAAAAAUGGUGGAUGCUCACAUCUGUGCCUUUUGGCUCCAUAUCCACCAGGUUACUCAUGUGCAUGUCCGACAGGUGUCAAGCUUCUAGACAAUACAACAUGUGCUAAUGGUCCUCAGGAGAUGUUACUUCUUGUCCAGAGAGUUGAAAUCUGCACCAUCUCCUUGGACUCACCAGACUACACCAACUUUGUUCUUCCUCUGACUGGAAUCAAGCAUGCCAUUGCAAUAGAUUAUGAUCCUGUUGAUGGUUAUUUGUACUGGACAGAUGAUGAGGCCAGGGCACUACAACGAGCUCAACUAGAUGGUUCAGGGCAAGAAAAUCUGAUAGUAACAGAAGUUGAACAUCCUGAUGGAGUUGCAGUGGAUUGGGUGGCCCGCAACCUGUAUUGGACAGACACUGGCACUGACCGAAUAGAAGUUGCAAGAUUGACAGGAGCUUCUAGAAAGGUGUUGAUUAACGAAGAUCUGUAUGAACCUCGGGCUAUUGCUGUUGCUCCAGAGAAGGGCUGGAUGUUCUGGUCUGACUGGAAUGAGAAGGACCCCAAGAUAGAACGUGCUGCUCUGGAUGGCUCCAGCCGCAUACGCUUGAUAGACAAGGAACUUGGUUGGCCUAAUGGCAUUGCUUUGGAUCUACAGAGGGACAAGAUUUACUGGUGUGAUGCUAAGACUGAUAAGAUUGAGGUUGCCAAUAUGGCUGAUGGAAAGGAUCGUCGUGAAGUUAUAAGUGACAACUUACCUCAUCUGUUUGGUUUGAGUCUUCUUGGGGACUACUUGUAUUGGACAGACUGGCAAAGGCGAAGUAUUGAUCGAAUUAAAGUUACUGGAAAUGGACGAGAAGUGAUAGUUGACCAGCUGCCCAACUUGAUGGGACUGAAGGCGGUUCGACUUGGGGAGGUGAAAGGGAGUAAUCCGUGUAUCUAUAACAAUGGAAACUGCAGUCAUUUGUGUCUCAACAGACCACAUGAUUAUGUCUGUGCCUGUCAGAUUGGUUAUGAAUUAGCAGCAAAUGAAAGAACGUGUGUAGUUCCAGAGGCAUUCCUUCUCUUUGCUCGAAAGGAGAAUAUUGGUCGCAUAAGUAUUGAGAAUGGUAACAAUGAUGCAGUCAUUCCUGUGACAGGAGUAAAAGAUGCCAGUGCUUUGGAUUUUGACAUCAAUGACAAUCGUAUCUAUUGGACAGAUGUAAAAGUGAAAGCUAUAAGUCGUGCCUUUAUGAAUGGUUCAGAUAUGGAGAAGAUAGUUGAAUUUGGCUUGGAUUCACCAGAAGGUAUGGCUGUGGACUGGGUGGCUCAUAAUAUAUACUGGACUGAUACGGGUAGCAAAAGGAUAGAAGUUGCUCGAUUAGAUGGACGCUCUCGGAAGGUUAUAAUAUGGAAAGACAUAGAUGAACCUCGCAGUUUGGCACUAGAUCCAAGAGAAGGAUUCAUGUACUGGAGUGAUUGGGGAUCUCAAGCCUGCAUAUCAAAGGCAGCUAUGGAUGGAAUGCACCGGCAUGUUAUUGUGCCGAAGGUGGGACGUGCCAAUGGUUUGACAAUAGACUAUGUUCAGCACCGCCUCUAUUGGACAGAACUAGGACAACAUGUCAUUGAGAGCUCUGAUCUGGAAGGAAAGGGGAGAGCUGUAGUUAUUGGCGAGAACAUAGAGAAACCAUUUGGACUAACUCAGUACUUGGAUUACAUCUACUGGGCAGACUGGAAAACUGGCAUUAUUGAGCGAGCCAACAAAACAAAUGGUUCAAACAGAACUGUGAUUCACAACAAGUUGGAGUUUAUCACAGAUAUCCUUGUUUUUCACACUUCACGGCAGUCAGCUUGGAAUCAGUGUGCUAUAGGGAAUGGCGGAUGUUCACACCUGUGCCUGGCAUUGCCUGCAGUAUCCAGCAGUCAUGGUGGGAUGGUCGGCAGGCAGUCUAGCACACACUACUGUGGUUGUCCCACUCACUACACACUUGGACAUGGAAACAAGACUUGUAUAGGACCAAGAUCUUUCCUACUGUUUGGUCAGAAGAAUUCACUGAGUCGCUUACUUCCUGACACUGAUGACUGUCCUGAUGUUGUUCUUCCCAUCCACAGCGUGAAGAACAUUAAAGCUGUUGAAUUUGAUCCUGUCUCACGGUUUAUUUACUGGAUUGAUGGCCGUGCUCAGUCCAUCAAACGAGCAUAUGACAACGGCACACAUGCUGGGCCAGCUUUUGUUCCUUCUAGUAGCACUCACUUCCCAUUUGACAUGGCUGUGGACCCAUAUGGGAGACUUCUGUACUGGACUUGUGCUAACACAAAUGCUAUAAAUGUGACCAGGCUGGACAAUGGUUCAGCUGUUGGAGUUGUGGUCAAAGUUGAUGGAGAGAAACCACGCAACAUCGCUCUGCAUCCAGAAAAGGGAUUAAUGUUUUGGACGGAUGUUGGAUCAGUGCCACGGAUUUUACGGGCUGGCAUGGAUGGGAAGUCACGUGUGAUUGUUGUAACACAUUUAGAGAAUUUGGUUGCAUUAGCAGUUGAUAGAAUGGCAGACCUGUUGUUUUGGGCCCAGCCCAAUCAAAUUGAAUCAUCAGAUCUGGAUGGGAAAGGGAGGAAAGUAUUGGUAAACACAGAUCUAGUUCAAGUAUCAAGCUUGGCUGUGCAUGGUGAUUAUUUGUACUGGGUGGAUAAAGACCAGUCACAGAUUGAACGAGCGAAUAAGACUGAUGGGAGCAAUCGAGGAACCAUAUUGACACGUUUGGCUCACCUUGUGUAUAUAGUGGCAGUCCAUUUUCCUAGUGAGAAGAUGUACUCAAACCAUGCUUGUGCAGCUCCCCAUCAGGCUGGCUGUUCUCAUCUCUGCAUGGCCGUGCCAUCUCCUGUGAGCAGUAUAUCCAGUUCCAUUCCAGUUGUGUGUUCCUGCCCUCAGAGCCUGGUCCUGCAUGAGGACGGUCGGACAUGUAGUGCAUUGCCUGCUUGUGGACCAGAUCACUUCACGUGCACUGCCCCUGCUGGAUCUAACAAAGACUGCAUACCAAGUAUUUGGCGAUGUGAUGGACACAAUGAUUGUCCUGAUGCUAGUGAUGAAGUUGGCUGCCCUGAUUGCAGGCCACAUGAAUUCCGUUGUCAAACUGGACAGUGUAUAGAUAUGUCAUGGGUAUGUGAUGGAACAUCACAAUGUCCAGACAACUAUGAUGAGAGCCAGUGCUGUGAGUUCCAGUGCUUGACUUCUGGGGUGUGUAUUCCACACUCUGCUGUGUGCGAUGGCUACGAGAACUGUGCAGAUGGUAGUGACGAGGCACCUUUAGAAUGUGCAGGAGGAGCCAAUCAUCCUCGUGUAGAUGUUAUAUCGUAUGGUGAUUCAAACAAGUCCACAUAUGUAGUGAGUGUGUUGGUAAUUCUAGCAUCUGUUGUUGUGUUUGGUUUAAUUGGAUUCUACUGCCGUCGUCGCGUUGCAGGUGCCAACAACAUUACCUUAAACAAUGAUCUUGAUGAUUCAGCUGGUGAUCCUCUGUCACCAAAACCAUCACAUGGUGUUCCUAAGCCCAUUUGCCCAGUUGCUGAAAUCCAAAAGAAUGGUAGAUUAGAUAAGGGCAAUAAGAAAUCUGGCAAUGAUACUGUUCGCAUGUCAAUGCUUAAUGGUAGCACAACAUCCAACAGUUAUGAUAGGAGUCAUAUUACUGGUGCUUCGAGUUCUACUACAGAAGGAGGUGGACCAAAUGGUGCUCCAUUGCUUGUAUCAUCAUCAUCGUUGCUAUGCUACCCACGUGAGACUUUGAACCCACCACCAAGUCCUGCAACCACUGCUGAUUCUAACAGAAAACUACACCAUAACUACAAUGAAGACUACUGCUGUUCUUCAUCUGGUGCAUCAAGAUAUCGUCCCUAUAGACAUUAUCGAGCCAUCAAUCAACCACCACCUCCUACCCCUUGCAGCACAGAUGUAUGUGAUGAGUCUGAUUCAAAUUACCCUUUGCCUUUGAGAGGGAGGCAGCGAUAUUAUGCUGCACCAGGUUCUGAGUAUGACUCAGACCCUUUUCCUCCUCCUCCAACUCCAAGGUCACAUUAUCAUAGUGAUGGAGGAGGAGGCUUGCCUUCAUCUUGUCCACCGUCCCCCUCUUCUACAGCAGGGCGGUCAUCAACAUACUUCAAUCCGCUUCCUCCGCCUCCGUCACCGGACCCAUCUCCUGGCAGUCGCUGUGAUUGCUGACAGUAAAACAGGGUCCGAUUUGGUUGCAUGACUGUCAGUACUGCAGUGUUUUAUUAUCACAUGUCGGACCCUGCGUUCAUGCUGUCUUAUUGAAUUACUCAGAAAAUUUAAUAUUACACAUAAGUACGUAAUGCUUGAGAGGACUUUCAAAUUAAUAACAUUUGUCAGUUUGCAGUGAUUCUAAACACUAUUUUCACAUAAUGGAAUUGACCUAGAGAUAAAACACUAAAUAUAAUAAUUAUUAUACUUUGAUAAAAUGUGUAAGUAAGCACAUAAGUGCAUUUGGCCUCACUUAACACACAUUUAAAGGUGAGUAACAGGGAUGUAGUUUUAGUGCCAUGAUGAUUGUCUCUGAAGUUUAUCCAGGGGUUAUAAUGUUUAUUAGUAUAUUUAAUUACACAUUUUUACCUGUAUAGUUUAUAUAAUGUUAAGUAGAAGGAUAAUUCUGUUAUGUGGAUGGAAGUGACCUAUUUUAAAGCUUUAUCACAGCAUGUAACUUGAGUGGCAAAAGAAACCACAAAAAAAACCAGUCAAAAUAGUUGAACUUUUUACCAAGAAUCAUUCUUGUGGGCCUUUCAGAUAUGAUGCAAGAGUGCUAACGACUCGGCUAACAUUUUCUGAGUUUAGUAUAGAUUGUUGCUUUUGUGGCGACAGCAUUGUGAUGUCUAGAUGUCUGGUGAGUUUGUUUAGGAACUGUACUUGUGGCCUGAGCACUGUACUCACCCACCACAAGUUAAUUGCACAACCACAUUUUGAAACCACAUUCACACAAAACCUGUCACUGCACUUUUGUUUUAAGUCUUUGGAAUGUACUGUACUAACCACAGACCGCACACUCCAUGGGGUUAUACAUGACCCACAGUAGUGAGGCCACUGUGCUCAGUAAGCAGAACUGUCAUCUAUAAAAAGUGUCUGACAUGAAUAUUUCCAUAUCUUCAGAGGUAACAGCACAUAAAGUUUUAUAUCUCUUUGUAUUAAAUUUUUAUACCAGUUUCAACAUCAUCAGUUCUACGUUAGGUACUAAUGAUGCAGUAGUACAUAAUUGAGUCAAGUCCACUCAGUUUAAUUAACUUCACUUAAACAGUUGAUUUGUACAUUAAUUUUGGUGUUGCCUGACUGUUACUCACCUUUGUUUGAAACCUGUACAUAUCAACCUCAUGUGCCUGUUUUGGAGCAAGCUAAAAUGUGAGAUUUGUGUUGUUGGGAGUUCAAAAAUGCUGGCACUUAAUAGUUGGACAUUGGAUAUUGACAGUGUAACAAAUUCAGCAAUGUCCCAUAAUUUUGGCUUGAUUUUCUUUCUUUUUUAAUGCCUUUAUUUAUAAAUUUGUAAGAAAAAAUCCUUCCAUGUGAAAUUUCCACUAGAACUAUCAGUAAAGGAGAAAGUUAAAAGAUGGCUAUCUUCUGGGUAAUAGCGCCAUGUAGUCUGGUAGAAGUUUACCAGUGUUUCUGAGACCCUGGCUGCCUUCAGCAUGAGUGAUGAGCACUUAUUGCCCUGAUGAUUAAGUUAGCAAGUACAUCUGAAACGUUGGCUAGGCUACACAGCACUACAAUUCAGAAGACAGCCGUCUUUGAACUCAUUGCUGUAAGAACCUCAAAUCCUGCUGAGACAUUUUAAGUUGCUCUGUGCUUAAGCCUUACUCCAUGUUGGGAUAUAGAGUAAUGGAGCUAGAGCCACACAUCCUGUAUCUUGGAACUAGGUGUAAGUAAGUGAUCAACUUCAUUCUUCAUAUCCUUUACCCUAGAAAAGAACACAUGGUACCCAGUGAUGGGAGUCCAGGUGAACCUUGAAGCCAGUGUAGACACUUUUUACUUUACUGUCUGACUCAUGGCUUACAGUGCCCAUACAUCCAAAAGAUUUGGUUAAAUAGGGUUGCCAAAAUAUAAUUGAAGGACCAAGGGUUUGAUCCCCAACAGGGGCAGAGGAUUUUACCUUUAGCCUCUGCAUCCAUACUGACUGUGGAGCCUACCCAGCCUAUCUAAUGAUUACCGGGGUUCUUUCACAGAGGUAAAGCACGGCCAGGGUGUGAUGCUGACCACUCACCCCUAUCUAGUGCUGAAGUUUAGAAUAAGUAGGAGUUAUAACUCCUCUCCCCCACAAGCGCCUACAUGGCGUAAAGCAGGGCAGCUUUUCUUUUUAGGUUUUAAUUGAAGAGUUUCUAUUUGCUGACACUGUCAGACAACAGUGAUGUUCUGGAAAAAAUGUGCUAGUGUUGCGGAUGGGAAUUGUUCCAUAGAAUCGAAAGGUUUAAAUCUAGGACUAAGGAAUGUAUAGUAGUUGUACUGUAUGAGCUUGUGGAUUAAUGUCUCUGGGGCUAGCAUAGCAAAUUACCAUAUUAUGAUCUUAUUUUUCAACCCCUGACAACACCCAUAAAGCAUUUAUGUAGUGUUAACAAUUUUAUUGCCAUUUUAGAUGUAAAUAAAACUGUAUUAGAAGCCAGACGGGGCGUGAUGCUGACCACUCACCCCCAUCUAGUGCCAAGGUCAAGGAAGAGAGGAGCUAUACUUCCACUCCCCCCAAACGCCUACAUGGCGUAUAGUGGGACAAACUUACUUUACUUAUUAGAAGCCAGUCAGUGCAAGCCAUUAAAUUUAUUACAGAAGAAAUGAAACGUUUUACUAAUUUAGUCAUUUGAAAUUAGCAUCAAUGUACAAAAAAUGUUUUAUGAAAAAUGUUGGUUAAUAAUAAUUUUUAUUGACAUAAAAUAGUUUUGGUAACAUAAAAGUUUGAUAUACUCCACAAGCUGAAUCCCAGCCUUCACUGACUGGCUUCUAAACCGUCCAUUUGUGACACCAAGCUACAAGUUAAGAUUACAUUCUUAGCUGUGGUGUUUUUGGGUCCAAAGGCCCUCUGUAUAUGCCAAGUUAUGUGUGUUCAGGAAGGUUCAGAGAUCUUGAAAAUGGGUUGCGAUGAUUUUUCCUGAAGUUAUUUCAUUGAAAUGGAAAGGUAGUAUCCUUUAAAUUUCUUGCCUCAGCUGUGUAUAUUUUUGUGGUAUAAAUAUAACCUGAUUUAGCAGUGGACACAGUAUUCUCAUUAACACUUCAUAUCUUCUUGUAAUCUUCUCAGGAUUAUAUAUCCUGUAUUUAUAGCCAACCUUUCUGUGGGAUCAUUGCUGCAUCUAAUGAAAUUUAUUCUUUAGGGUUAUCUGCUGACAUGAAUUUCUGCAGCAAAUAUUCAUAAACAAACUGUUUUGAGUUUUGUUUGUUAGAACCCGACUUGCCAAGUAGUGCCAUAUUGGCUCCUGCUCAUACUAUGGGAGAAAAUAGUUGUGGAAAUCAUGAUGCCAAUUGACCUGUAACCUCUUAAAUUGUGUUUUGUAACAUGGUUUAUCUGGAUCAUCAGUCCUAAAUUUUAUUUAAUUUCCGCUUGUGUAAUAUUGGACCACAUGCAUAAUUUCUGUCAUGCAUUUUGCGUGUAAUAAAUAUUCGUCUGUUCAGUAAAUGAUUACUACCUUAUUGCUCUCACCACUUCAACAGUCACAGGUCUGUUUUGUACACCAAAUUCACAUACAUCAAAGCAGCUGGUAAAAUUAUAGUUUUGUAUAUUUUAAUUGCUAGGCUUUAGGUAUGUGGCAGAAAGAUGAUAAAUUUUGUACUGGAUGGUAGCAAGUGUUCCCAAAUUUUAAUCUUGUUUCAGUUUUCAGAAUGUAAUAUUGGUUUGUUACUGUUGUUCCAAAAUACUGAACUUGGCCUCAUUUUUAAAGAAUGUAUUAACUACCUUUAUGUUACAACUGUGUCAUGCUUUCUUGUUACGAGACAUAAAUAAGUACUUUGACCUGCUUAUAAUUCAGACAAAAUGUCUUGUCUUCUGUUACUUCAUACUUAUGAAACUUUUGAAAGAAAAUUAAGUUCACUGCUGAAUCAGUGUUUGGUAUUGUUUUGAUGUGUGUUACUUGGAAGCGUAAAUAGUCUGUCUCAAGCUGUUAUUACCUCUGAGGUGAUAAGUGAACCAUGUCAGUACCCAUGUGGGUCUGGAUGAUACAGCAUAAGUAAACAUAAACAUGAGCUGUCAGCAACAUAUGAUGUAGAUAUCACAAAGUUGUGCAUGAUCCAUCAGUAUAAUGUUACAGUAUUUUAAAUAUAUUUAAAUAAUGCUAAAAUCUGGUUUGUAAAAAUUUAAAAAAUAUGGAACCUUUUGUGCUUUUUUCAUAGAUCACUGAACCUUAAAAUCUGUCUUGAUAUUUUAGAAAGGUAAUUCAGCGAAAUAAAUUAUGGUGUUUCAUGUGGCUUAGUAUUUGUGCAGAGUGGGAACCAGGCUUUGAUUUCCACCUAGGGCACUAAUAUUUUGUGCUGGUCUGGUAUGAAUGUUGCUGUUCUAAUGUUUUAUGGAAGCUGAUUAGUUGUUGUUAUGCUGGAAGCUUUGUCCUCUUUCCUCUAAGGGAAUGUGUAGGUAUGUUUGCUGGUAGGUUGAAUUUGAAGAGUGUAGCAUGGUAAUGCUAUUGUGCAUAAAAUUGUUUGUUCUUUUAUGCAAGGCAAAAUUAUGCGUGACCAAACAACAGUAACCAGUUACAUUUAUUGGUCUGAACAGGUAGUAAAUCACUGGCUUCAGUUCUUUCUUCUAAAAUGAAAAAAAUAUGAAACUCAUUUCUUUGACCUUCAUUCUUUUACAAAGUAUUUGAAUUAUGCUGAUUAGAGUAGCUCUCUCUAAUUUACCCCUCCAGUUAGGUUUUCCACGCUCAGAACAGAAUCAGUUUCCAAAAUCAUUUUUUGUAUAAAAACCAAGGCAAUGGUAUAAUGUCCAAAAAAACUUUCUAUGAUACAUCUUCAGCUGAUACAUUCAGAAAGAUUUGUUUUUAUUUGUCAUAGUGAAACAGCUCAUAUUUAUUAUUUAUGCAUCUGUGGAAGAAUUAUAGAAAUAUCAUGUAGAAGUUUUUAAAAAUAAUUAUUCUGAUGCCGAAGUGAGAACAAAAUUCCAGGCCAUAGCACAACAGAAAAUAUCUUCAUAGUGUAGAAGUAAUGUUUCCUUUGUCAAAGCAGCUAUAAGUCAAUAUAAAAUAAUAGGACAGCAACAAAACUGUUUUUAAAGCCUUAUUCACCAUACAGGAUUAUAUGGUGUAUACAAAUAAUUAUUUGAACUGACAGGUUUACUGGAUAUUCAUUUGUAUAUUCAGUGUAUAUAUAUAAAUAUAUGUGUUUAAUAGUAAGUGUAUUUGUGUUUGAAUGUUGAUGUGUAUAGUAAUGUGGUAUGUAUUGUUACAUUCUCUUGCUCGAUGAUUGCACAUAAUCUUCCUGAAUUAUUUUUUGUUAAAAUUGUUAAUUUACUUUUGUGAAGACAUAUGUUCUUGAUUUCUGUAUAAGCUGAUACAACCAUGUUUCAGGGUUAGAAUGUAAGCAUAUGGAUGUGCUACAUUAGAGUAUAGUUUGUCUGUUGUAAGUAGAAUGCUACAAUGGAUAUCUUAAGAAUAAGGGACUUCCUGAUUGGGAUGUAGAACAGUGAUUUUGAGAGUACAUUGGAGUUAUACAAAUGAGGCAACUUCUGUACAGGACAUUGCUCUACCACAUAUAUAUUUUUUCACAGACUGUGCACAUUUGCAUUGAGUGUUUUGUUUAAAAUUAAAAUUGACUGAUUUUGCAAAGGGGUGAUCUGAUAAAUUUUAAAAUAUGAUGUUCAAUGUGGAGUUGCCAUAAGCCUGUUAUCUAGAAAUAUUUGAUUGAUUAUUUUUAUGCCUUGAUUUUCAGCUUUGAUUUGGGUUUUGUCAGUAUUUUUUGGAGGUCAGAAGGGUUCCCUCAGACUGAGAAGCUUCAGAGACAGUGUAAAGGGAGGCUGUCUCUCAUUAUAUUUCUUGCAACAGGUGAAGCAAUUUAAAUACUAAAAUUCAUUCCCCGAUUGGAAAACUGAAGUUAAGGCUACAGUGGAUUAUACUGUAGUACCUAAUGUUUCCUAUUUAUAAAAUGCAUAUUUUUGUUAGUCUUCCUAUUUUAUCCUUAGGUGAUCUCUUAAUUAAAGUACAGGCUGCAUUGAAAUAAUAACUAUUUAUGUUCAGGAUUCUUGUGCUACUGUGAAAAUAGUAAGCUUUGCAGGAAUAUGUAAAUGUUGCUUGUUGGAAAGAAUAUAAUGAUUCUUAUUGUUGGUAGGUUCAAGGUGUAAGUCAUACACUUUCAUGAAUAAAAUAGUGUUGCAGUCACUUGUUCAUUUUUUGUUUUAACUAUUUUAUUACCAGCCUGUUAAGGUCAAUUUCAUUAAAGUUUUUUUGAAUAUGUUUGAAUUAUUAUUUAAACUUAAUUUCUUGGAUUUUCAGGAAUGAAACAUUUAAAUUCCUUCCACAGUAUCAAAUUUUUUCCCCACUUUUGUUAGUAUAACGGUUAAGUAAGUUGUUGGAGCAAAUCAGAUUUUGUACCUGCCCAAAUAGCAAUAUUUUAUAGUGUUUUCAUUUGUUUUCUCAACUUGUUUCAUAAUGCACAAGUUUGUGUUCUUAAAAUUUGCUUUAUAAUUAGGACAUUCUAUUUUCAAGUUGCACAUCUGGCAGCAACGAAAAUAAUACUAAAAUAAUACAACCACUUCUGUGUUCUUGGUGCUGCAAAUGGGUUUUAGGGCAUAGGGCAUCUGGAAUGUUUUGUAUUCCUCUCCCAUUGAGAGAUCUAUCCAGAUGGGAUGUUUAAAAUAAUGUACAUGUAAUUUUACUGGGAGAUAAAUAUAACUGAAACUAUGAUAUUGUUUUAACCUUUUCACUGUUAAAUAAUUCCAUACUGCAGUCUGUCUGUUGGAAAGUUAAUAGUUCAUCUCGUCAACAAAUUCCAUACAUUUAUGGAACCUGAAUGUUCAUUGCUGUUUACAAAAACUGUAAUAGCACAAUAUCCUUUUCUGUAUAUCUCCCAAGUGGCCUAUUCCCUUCAGAUUUUGUGACCAAAAUUUUAUAGGAUUUUGCAUUUUCCCCAUGAGCUGCCCAUCUUACCAUCUUUAAUCAUCCUAACACUAAUUGAUGAUGAGUACAAAUUUUGCAGCUUAUUGUGUGUCUCCAUCCUUCUGUUGCAUACUCUUUGUUAGGUUCAGUUAUUCCUCUCAGAAUUUUAUUCUGAAAGAACUUUAAAGUAAGAAAGCAAAUUUCAUACCCAUAUAAAGCACCAAUAAAAUCAGUGAAGAAAAAAUAUUAGUUGGCUGUAGCUUGGCCAAUAUUCAUCAGAUUGUCAGAAUUUUGACAUAAAUGCAGUAUUUCAUACCAGCACACACGCGCACACAUAUAUAUGUGUCUUUUCUACCUCUACAUACAUUAUUUACAUGUAAACAAACUUUGUUUUUUAUUACGGUUAAAGUUUAACAUUCAGAUUGUAUUUUAAAUUCCAAUUUCUUAGCCUUUUUCUGGUUCAUUUCUAGAAACUAAAGAAUAGCUUUAAAAAACACUUUGUACUUGUGAAACAGUUCAUUCACAGUGACCAGCAUGCUUUUUUAUGCCAGAAGUGUUCCAACUAUGACAGUGGAAAGGUUAUUGUUUUGUGUGUAUAUAAUUGUUUCUUAUAUCGUUUAUGAACCAGCAUCAUGUUACUGUAUAACGGAUAAUUCCCUUGAAUCUGAGCAUGUGUCGGAAAUAUAUGUUAAAAUAACAUGUAAAUUGUUACGUAAUAUAAUUUUUAUAUUGACAGUGUAGAAUGUUCAAUUGUUAUUACUCUUCACACUUAUUUAACAAAAGUGCCUGUGCAAAUAUGUAUGCCAGUUUUACAAGUUAUAUUAAACUCACUCAGGUUAAGCAUCACAUCGCUUUUUGUUUUUAAAGAUGUGUGAAUAUUUUUUAACAUUUCAGAAGCUGUAACUUAAUAUUAUGUUCCUUUGACAAGGUAUCUGUUGUGAAUUUGUUUCUUAGUGCCAUAAUGUGUACACAUAAUUUCAUUUUUAUAAUAUUACAGUGUUUGUUACAUAAGUAAUUGAUCUUUCUUUUCAAGUUACUGGAAAUAGUUUGUGUGCAAUGCAGCUGUUUGUCCUCAUUGCACAUGUAAAUGAUAUUAAUUAAAGAUUUGUACACAGAG